AAAGGAAAUACAUUAAACAAUUACAACUACAAUUACAUCUUUUCAAAUUGAAAAAAUUAUCUACUACUCUCAAGUAACGCGGAAUAUCCCAUGGCAACCGGCUGCUGUCGGUGGAGCAACCGGCCGCCCGGUUUCAAAAAUCGAGGCUUUCUACAGCCGCCGACCGAUCGAUUUGCGCAACAGUGCCUUUCAAGGAUCCAUGGCGUUCUUCUCGGCUUGCAAGGCCCCUGUGAGAUCCAGGAGUAGCAACCUCUAGAGCUUUGGACAAGAUGGAGGAAUCUGGUCUCGUGGAAGGCGGACAAGCGACCCUUCCUCGAGAUGGUCGCGGCGUGCUGGCACCCGACGGUAUCAAGCGUCGCACCGGCCUGGUCGACCAUGGACCCCGGGAGAGCAUCUCCAUGACUUUCUGCCAUUCAGCACGACUGUACGCCUUAAGGAGCGAAUACAACUUGGCUACUUGUGAAGCUCUUGGAGAUCGUUCUCGACAGCAUGAUGAACAAAGGGAUACCGUCGGAAACACUCACAGAGACUCUCUAAGGUGCAUCAUGGCUCGACACGUCCUCCGAUCUUCCCCGAUCGGCAAAGUACUUUGUGAACAUGUGGCCGACGAUGGUGUGAUUAUGAUCAACCAAAGCUGUCUCAAUUAUUCUCCUGUGCGAAUGUCUAUAUGCUCGAUGAAAUGGAUCGCUCCAUGCAUGGUUCUAGUGCGAUAUCGAGCUCGUAUAUGCUUCUGCAGUGGUCUCGGACAAGGAUCUCGCAUGGUUUUUGGAAGCUAGAAGAGAGGAGACGCACAAGCAAAUA